UAACCUCAGCAUCAUUGACAUUUUGAACCAGAUAGGUCUUUGCUCUGGGGGGGUCACCCCAUGCAUUAUAGGAUAUUUAUCAGCUUCCCUGGUCUCUACUCAUUAGAUUUUAAUAGCACCUUCACACCUGUUCUAACACCUGAAAAUGUCUACAAACAUUUCCAGAUGUGCACUGGAGGGGGGGGCAUAAUUGGAGAACUACUACUCUAGGGGACACAGAUUAGCAGGAAACUCCCAAGAUGGAAACGUUGUCUUUCCCCAGAUAUAAUGUAGCUGAGAUCGUGGUCCAUAUCCGCAACAAGAUCUUAACAGGAGGUGAUGGUAAAAACCUCUCCAAGAGUGAUCUUUAUCCAAAUCCAAAGCCUGAAGUCUUGUACAUGAUCUACAUGAGAGCCUUACAGAUAGUAUAUGGAGUUCGCCUGGAGCAUUUUUACAUGAUGCCAGUGAACUCUGAAGUCAUGUAUCCACAUUUAAUGGAAGGCUUCUUACCAUUCAGCAAUUUAUUUACUCAUCUGGACUCAUUUAUGCCCAUCUGCCGGGUGAAUGACUUUGAGACUGCUGAUAUUUUAUAUCCAAAAGCAAAACGGACAAGUCGGUUUUUAAGUGGCAUUAUCAACUUUAUUCACUUCAGAGAAGCAUGCCGUGAGACAUAUAUGGAAUUUCUUUGGCAAUAUAAAUCCUCUGUGGACAAAAUGCAGCAGUUAAAUGUCGCACACCAGGAGGCAUUAAUGAAAUUGGAGAGACUUGACUCUGUUCCAGUUGAAGAGCAAGAAGAGUUCAAGCAACUUUCAGAUGCUAUUCAGGAGCUGCAGCAAUCACUCAAUCAAGACUUUCAUCAAAAAACGGUAGUGCUGCAAGAGGGAAAUUCCCAAAAGAAGUCAAAUAUUUCAGAGAAAACAAAGCAUUUGAAUGAACUAAAAUUGUCAGUAGUUUCUUCGAAGGAAGUACAAGAGAGUUUGAAAACAAAAAUUGUGGAUUCUCCAGAGAAGCUAAAGAAUUAUAAAGAAAAAAUGAAAGAUACAGUCCAGAAGCUUAAAAAUUCCAGACAAGAAGUGAUGGAGAAGUAUGAAAUAUAUGGAGACUCAGUUGACUGCCUGCCUGCAUGUCAGCUGGAGGUGCAGUUAUAUCAAAAGAAAAUACAGGACCUUUCAGAUAAUAGGGAAAAAUUAACCAGCAUCUUAAAGGAGAGCCUGAACUUGGAGGACCAAAUUGAGAGUGAUGAGUCAGAACUGAAAAAAUUGAAGACUGAAGAAAAUUCAUUCAAAAGACUGAUGAUUGUGAAGAAGGAAAAACUUGCCACAGCACAAUUCAAAAUAAAUAAGAAGCAUGAGGACGUUAAGCAAUACAAACGCACACUAAUCGAGGAUUGCAAUAAAGUUCAAGAAAAAAGAGAUGCUGUCUAUGAGCGAGUAACCACAAUUAAUCAAGAAAUCCAAAAAAUUAAAUUUGGAAUUCAGCAGCUAAAAGAUGCUGCUGAACGGGAGAAGCUGAAGUCCCAGGAAAUACUUCUAAACUUGAAAACGGCUUUGGAGAAAUACCAUGAAGGCAUUGAAAAAGCAAGAGAGGAUGGUUGUGCUAAGAUAGAUGAGAAGACAGCUGAACUGAAGAAGAAGAUGUUCAGAGUGUCAACCUGAUUAACAUAUUAAAAUAAUAUGUAUUUUUGUAAAUAGCUUGUCAUCUUUUAAUAUUCUAUUUAGAAAGACAAUAGUUAAGUUGAAGCUAAUGGAAGUAUCAGAAGUACCAAAUAAUGUACCCUUGUCAGUUCUUAUAUACUCUCAUAAGUGGCUAGUUUAUAAGAUAAAAAUUCAAGGUAGGCUUUUAUUAACUUAAAAUUAAAAUAACUUGUGCAGCCAUUCAUGUCUCUACUCUGCCGCUUGCAAAUAGUUGUAAUAAAAUGAAACUAGUUACUUUUGAAAUAUUUUUUUUCUGUUA